AUGGCAGAUUCUUCUCGGGAGGAGAACGUUUACAUGGCGAAGUUGGCCGAGCAGGCUGAGCGGUACGAGGAGAUGGUUGAGUUCAUGGAGAAGGUAGCGAAGACUGUGGAGGUUGAGGAGUUGACUGUGGAGGAGAGGAAUCUUCUCUCUGUGGCUUACAAGAACGUGAUUGGGGCGAGGAGGGCUUCGUGGAGGAUCAUAUCCUCCAUUGAGCAGAAGGAGGAGAGCCGAGGCAAUGAGGACCAUGUGGCUAUUAUAAAGGAGUACAGGGGAAAGAUUGAGACCGAACUCAGCAAGAUCUGUGAUGGGAUUUUGAGCCUCCUUGAGUCUAACCUCAUCCCUUCUGCUGCUUCUCCCGAGAGUAAAGUCUUUUACCUUAAAAUGAAGGGUGAUUACCACAGGUACCUUGCUGAGUUUAAGACUGGGGCAGAGAGGAAAGAAGCUGCAGAGAGUACUUUGCUUGCCUACAAAUCUGCUCAGGAUAUUGCUAUCGCUGACCUGGCCCCCACCCACCCGAUUAGGCUUGGACUUGCUCUCAACUUUUCUGUUUUCUAUUAUGAAAUCCUUAACUCACCAGAUCGUGCUUGUAAUCUUGCCAAGCAGGCAUUUGAUGAGGCAAUUUCCGAGCUUGACACAUUGGGUGAAGAGUCAUACAAAGAUAGUACAUUGAUCAUGCAACUCCUCCGUGACAAUCUGACUUUGUGGACAUCAGACAUCACGGACGAUGCUGGGGAUGAGAUCAAGGAGACAACCAAGCAACAACCAAGUGAAUAG